GGCCACCAUCUCUCACUUUUGCCUGGUGACGCCUGUGACCACUGGAGACAGAGGGCAGGACCAGAUUUGUGCUGUGAGGUGUUGGUACAGGCAAAGGACCUUUCACAUGCGGAUGAAAUCAGCGUGUCAGAGGGGCUUAUUUUACUGUAGGAAAAGCUUUUAGGCAGAUUUGUUCAUCCCUGGUUGGCUUUGGGAUCUUUCUUGUUGUGGAGCACAGGAUCAGAAGCAGCAAAUGUUUCCGGUCAGGCAGCCUUGGCUUUGCAAAGCCUUAGGUUGUUAUGAUUGCUGUAUCCGCUGCCUCGGGGCAGUGCCCUACCCGUCCCUGGUGGCCACCUUGCUGUGCUAUGCUGGCAUGGCGUUAUUUUGUGGCUGUGGGCAUGAAGCGCUGACCAACACCGCAGUCCUGGUGGAGACUUACUUUGCCCGCAAUGUUCAGGACUUUGCCAUCAUGGCCUCCUUUAUCAAAUACUUCCAGUACGUCAUCUACGGCCUUGCAUCAUUUUUCUUCCUCUUUGGUAUCCUUCUGCUGGCUGAGGGUUUCUACGCCACCAGUGCUGUCAAGCAGACGUUUGGUGAAUUCAGGAGCACCCACUGUGGCCGCUGCCUCAGCCUGACGUUCAUCGUAGUGACGUACAUCCUGGCCUUCAUCUGGCUGAUUGUCUUUGCCUUCACUGCUAUCCCGGUCUACUUCUUGUUCAACAUGGAGCAGACCUGCCACACCGUCAACAUCCUGGCUGAAACCACCCCCAGCAUCAAUCAGCACGGCUGGAUCUGCAUGGACGCCAGGCAGUACGGUCUGCUCCCGUGGAACGCGAUGCCAGGAAAAGCUUGUGGGAUGACCUUGGCAUCUAUUUGCAAAACCAGCGAAUUCUACGUCACCUAUGACCUGUACAUUGCCACAUUUGCUGGCGCUGGGAUCACUCUCCUAGCACUGUUCCUGUACAUGGUUGCCACCACCUACAACUACGCAGUGUUGAGGUUCCUGGGCAGGAAAGGGGUCCGCUAACGGCAACACCUCCACCCCAGUCAACCCCUAUCCACUGGAUCCCAGAGGGAAAGUCAACACAUGCAGCAUUUACAUUCAUCCUCUGGGACUCAGCCCGUUCAAAACCUUAAGUAUUUCUCCAGACAUCUCAUAUAACAGACGUAAUUUUUUCGUAUGAACAACAGACAGAGAGAUGAAAAUUACUCACACCCAGCACAUCCAGCAGCAAAUCCUCUCCUCUCCUCAGAUGAUUCUCUUGGCUUUGUUGUUCAUUUUCCCUCUCGCAGGACGUGUCUCUCAUUUGAUACUUUUUGUGAAGCUUCAUCGGUGCUGAUGCUGUUGUCAGAUUGUGAUGUACGACGUUUCAUGAAUAAUUAAAAGCGAUGACAGCUCGCCUUGCAAAUCAUAACUGCGGAUCAUCCGCCCAGAGUUUACUGAUGCAUAUAUUUGAUUCUGAUUUUUCUGCUGCCUCAUUAUCAACUAAAGCAAGUGAAGCUGAAUGUACCAAAGUUCUGUGUGAGUGUUAGGUGAAUCCUCAUACAGUUUUUCUCUUUGUACUUUUACUCACUCAUGUACUUUGAAUUCACUCAUAAUACAUUUCUGCUUUGCUUGAACAGCACUGAGUAAGAUGAAACAAAAAAGCGUACCCAUUUUACUGGAGAUGUUUUUUGGUUAGUGCUUCAAUUACUCUUUUUUUUUUAAGUUCCUGAGGUGUUGAUGCUUCAAUAACGGGCCUCCAGGUGAUUCGUGUGUGUAUGUGUGUGUGUGCUCAUUUAAAAUUAAGGCUGAUUAAACCAUUUAAAUCUCAA